AAGAGAAUGCUUUGUAGAAAUCCAACCCCUCUUGCUUAGUGCUUCCAGUAUUUGGUUUUCAAGUUUUUGUGGGCAGAGCCUUAAAGCAGGUUUUCUUCUUUGCUGGAAGAUCUUGCAGGUCUUGUCCCGGCAGCCAGUGCCUGAGGUGCUGAUGUGAUGCUCACCAGUGCUGGCUGCAGUGGGACCCGUGCUUGUCAGCAGGGCUAUGGGGAAACUCCAGAGUAAAAUCAGCUUCCAUACCUCCAAAUACAGUGAGCAGCUCUAGGGGUGGAACAGGUCUACUCUAUCUCACCUAGUCCAGCAGAUGCAUUUGUCCAUUUGCAGCUUCUCUUUGGCUCUCCAAAGGCAGAUGUUGUCACUCUCCAGCCCAGCCAGUGGUGCCAUCCCCCAGACCUCGGUGGCACUGGGGAACGGCACCCCGACUUUGCUUUAAAGCGCCCUGUGGCUCCCGCUGCUCUCUCUGCUGCUGCAGGGCCGAUGGCUCCGUGGAAGGGACGGGACCUGCCGGAGCCGUUCCGCAGCACGGCCCCCUGCACGCCGGUGCCGUCACUUCUGUGGCUGCUCUCAAACCAGACCUCUGCGUGUCAGGAGGAAGCGAUAAGAGCGUGGCUGUCUGCAGCUGGAGGUCCGGGGCUCUGCUGCGGCGCUUCGACGGGCACGAGCGGGAGGUCACCAAGAAAAGAACGGAAAGAAAAGGAAAGUAGAGAAGAAGAGUCUGGAUCACCACCCCGGUUCCAGAGUUGUCUGAGGUGCAGAAAUCUUCGGUGGAUGCACACACAGCAAAGUUUUCUGUCGCCUUUUAAGUUCAUCUUAUCAGCUGAUCAGCAUACUAGACAAAGAGAGGUCACCUGUGCCCUUGACUCAAACAGAGUCUUCAGCGCAUCCCGGGACAAGACAGUGAUGAUGUGGGAGCCUCACAGGACUUCAGGGCCAAGCCAGCACUUCCCAGGACAUGAUCUGGUUGUUACUGGACUGGCUGUGAGCCCGGAUGCCUCCCAGCUGUGCACGGGUUCACGAGACAACACCGUGUGCAAGUGGGACACAGAGACUGGAGAGUGUCUGGGCAGAGCCGCUAUCUCCAGGAAUCUGGUCACACAUCUGUGCUGGGUUCCUGGGGAGCCUUACGUCAUCCAGACCUCGGAGGAUAAAACAAUCAGGCUCUGGGACAGCCGGGAGCUGCAGGUGGCACACGCGUUCCCAGCCAAGAGGCACAUUCAGACGUGCUGCGACGCGAGCCGGGACGGGCGGUACUGCCUCAGCAGCAGCAGCGGCUCCGCCGGGGAGGGCGGUGAGGCGACCCUGUGGGACCUACGGCAGACGAGGAACCAAGUGCGUGAGUACAAAGGGCAUUUCCAGACCACAACCUCAUGCGUCUUCCUUCCACGGGGCCCAGCUCUCGCCCCCAGCAUUGCCACGUCCUCGUAUGACAGCACGGUGAAGGUCUGGGACAGAGACACUGGAGCACGCCUGGCCACCCUGUGCCUCGAGGGAUCGGGACCGCUGACCUCGCUGGCCGUCUGCGACAGCUCCACGCUGCUCUGUGCCACUUUUAACUCAGGAAUUCACGUGCUCCGGCUGAGCGACGGUGCAGACCUAGCGCUGGAGGAGGUGGCAGCAUUUUGAUGGUAGCAAAACUCCAGCAGAGACUGCCCCACGAAGGGCUGCGACUGCCCGAGAGUCUCCCCGACUGCAAGCACCAGACGCUGUGCCUGUACAGCAGCGGAGUGUGACGGGGGGGGGGGGCAGGGGCGGUUGCUGGCUCGCUGGACGUGGGGGGGCUAAGGGAGGAGGAGAGAAGCUGCGAGCAGCCCCGGGCAGCACUGAACAGUGCCAGGGCUGGGACAGGGAAUGCUCAGCCUCCUUCCCCUUGCUCCAGUUGAGUGGAGCUGAACACGGCGUGACGGAAACCUGCACUGGGAUUUACACCCCGGGAACGACGCGAGUGUAAACACAGAACAUUCACUGGUAUCCAAAAUUUCAUCCUAAGCCAGAGAGAAAGGCAGGACCCUGCCGGGCAACUGCUGGGCCAGGAUUGUCCCGUGAAUGGCAACCUGAUGAGAAACACCCUGGGGGGCACCUGUGGGGCUGGGAGCCCCCGCGCAGCUGCCAGCUUGGCCCUGAACUGACGCUUCAGGAGCUGCUUAGGAACCAGCCUGAGCACAGAGCCGGGUAGCAAGGCUUGUAGAAGGGCAGACUGCAAUUAGUUUUGUUAGGUGCAAUUAAAUAGUUUUGUUUGUC